GCGGGCGGGGCACCGGCGGGAGCGCGCCCGUCGCAAGAUGGCGGCGGCCAUGCAAGGCCCCGGGACCGUGUGUGCGCAGCGGGCGGUAGCUCAGCCCGAGGGGCAGGCUCAGCGACGGCGCUAGCAUAGCCCUCAGCUCCUGUUCUCUGCCGGCACUUCCGCCUCUGCUGGCCUUGUUCGAGAUGGAUCUGCCCUUGGGUCCCGGCGCACCGGGGCCCAGCAACGUCCCGGCUUUCCUGACCAAGCUGUGGACCCUCGUGAGCGACCCGGACACCGACACGCUCAUCUGCUGGAGCCCGAGCGGGAACAGCUUCCACGUGUUCGACCAGGGCCAGUUCGCGAAGGAGGUGCUGCCCAAGUACUUCAAGCACAACAAUAUGGCCAGCUUCGUGAGGCAGCUCAAUAUGUACGGCUUCCGGAAAGUGGUCCACAUUGAGCAGGGUGGCCUGCUCAAGCCUGAGAGGGAUGACACUGAGUUCCAGCACCCAUGCUUCUUGCGUGGCCAGGAGCAGCUCCUAGAAAACAUCAAGAGGAAGGUGACCAGCGUGUCUACCCUGAAGAGUGAGGACGUAAAGAUCCGUCAGGACAGUGUCACUAAGCUGCUGACGGAUGUGCAGCUGAUGAAGGGGAAACAGGAAUGUAUGGACUCCAAGCUCCUAGCCAUGAAGCAUGAGAACGAGGCCCUGUGGCGGGAGGUGGCCAGCUUGCGGCAGAAGCAUGCCCAGCAACAGAAAGUCGUCAACAAGGUGGGCACGACUGGCAGCAGGUGGGUCCCCUCCACAGUGGCCAGGGGUGACUGUGUGCUCUUUGCCCCACAGCUCAUUCAGUUCCUGAUCUCACUGGUGCAGUCGAACCGGAUCCUGGGGGUGAAGAGAAAGAUCCCCCUGAUGUUGAGUGACAGCAGCUCAGCACACUCUGUGCCCAAGUACGGUCGGCAGUACUCCCUGGAGCAUGUCCACGGCCCCGGUUCAUACUCGGCUCCAUCCCCGGCCUACAGCAGCUCCAGCCUCUACACCCCAGAUGUUGUCACCAGCUCUGGACCCAUAAUCUCCGACAUCACAGAACUGGCUCCUGCCAGCCCCUUGGCCUCCCCAGGCAGGAGCUUAGAUGAGAGGCCCCUGCCCAGCAGCCCCCUGGUGCGUGUCAAGGAGGAGCCCCCCAGCCCACCUCGGAGCCCCCAGGUGGAGGAGGCGAGUCCUGGGCACCCAUCCUCUGUGGACACUCCGUUGUCCCCAACGGCCCUGAUUGACUCCAUCCUGCGAGAGAGCGAGCCUACCCCAGCUGCCUCCACCACAGUCCCCACGGAUACCAGAGCCCGCACGCCGGCUCCCCCUCCCCCCUCCACCCCUGAGAAGUGCCUCAGCGUAGCCUGCCUGGACAAUUUGGCUCGCACUCCACAGAUGUCUGGGGUCGCCCGCCUCUUCCCCUGCCCCUCCUCUUCCUUUCUGCAUGGCCGAGUCCAGCCAGGGAACGAGCUCAGUGACCAUUUGGACGCCAUGGACUCCAAUUUGGACAACCUGCAGACCAUGCUGACCAGCCACGGCUUCAGUGUGGACACUAGCGCCCUGCUGGACCUGUUCAGCCCCUCGGUGACCAUGCCCGACAUGAGCCUGCCUGACCUUGACAGCAGCCUGGCCAGCAUCCAGGAGCUCUUGUCUCCCCAGGAGCCCCCCAGGCCUCUGGAGGCGGAGAACAACAGCCCCGACUCAGGGAAGCAGUUGGUGCACUAUACAGCUCAGCCCCUGUUCCUGCUGGACCCUGACGCUGUGGACACAGGGAGCAGCGAGCUGCCCGUGCUCUUUGAGCUGGGGGAGGGCUCCUACUUCUCUGAGGGGGAUGACUACACGGAUGACCCCACCAUCUCCCUGCUGACGGGCUCUGAGCCCUCCAAAGCCAAGGAUCCCACUGUUUCCUAGAGAUUCCACGAGGAGCCAGGCUGGACUGUGGCCUGCCCCCAACUUUACCCCCAGGGCAGGGCUGGUCCUGGGAAGGCAUGUGGUUCUGGGGCAGGCUUCACAGCCCUAGUGGGGCAGAGAUGGAGCUGGAGACUGGGCGAUGUCAUGGGGAGGGUCCUAGGGCCUGUUCACCUGCUGCCUUUACCCCAGCCCCAUGUUCCCUGGCUUGGUUGGGGCUUCACAGCCACACUUGGACUGACCCUGCAGGUUGUUCAUAAAAUUGUAUUUUGGAUUUUUACAUGAGGAUUCCCCUUUCACAGAGAAAUACAUAUAUACACACAGAUGGACGGACAGAUGGACAGACAGGACAGGCAGAGCUCUAUAAAUGGAUGGGCUCUAUGCUGUUGCCUCUUGUGUGCUUCCUCCUUCCCCCAGGGUUG